ACCCGUCAGUUCUCAGCUCGCAGGGAGGAUUUUAAUCAUCUGUCACUUCACACGAGCAGCCAGGCAGCAGCGCACAGAUCCAGCAGAGUCUCCGGUGAGCGUCUCCAGAGGCGGCCGACGCGCUAAGAGCGGAUCUCGGCCAAACGGCGACAUCAUGAGCGACCGCUUCGACUGCAAGAACUGCAACGAGUCCUUGUACGGACGCAAAUACAUCCAGGUGGAGGCCGAGCCGCACUGCAUCCCCUGCUACGACCGGCUGCACGCCAAGACCUGCCAGGAGUGUAAAGAGAUCAUCGGACACAAUGCAAAGGAGCUCUUCUACGAGGACAGACAUUACCACGAGAACUGCUUCCGCUGUUUCCGCUGCGACCGCUCUCUGGCCGACGAGCCCUUCACCAGUCAGGACGGCGGUCUGACCUGCAGCGACUGCUACUGCAACGAGUUCUCCUCCAAGUGCGUGGCCUGCGACAAGACCGUGAUGCCAGGAUCGAGGAUGUUGGAGUACGACGGAGCCACGUGGCACGAGGACUGCUUCACGUGUCACGGCUGCGAGAAGCCGAUCGGCGCCGAGGCCUUCAUCCCCGACAAAAACAACUACUACUGUGUGCCGUGUUACGAGGGACGCGUCGCUCCUCAGUGCAGCCACUGCAAAAAGGCUCUGACUAAGGGCGGCGUCACCUACAGGGACGAGGUCUGGCACAAGGAGUGUUUCCUCUGCAGCGGCUGCAAAGCUCCGCUGGCUGGUCAGUCCUUCACCUCGCAGGGAGAAAGUCCGUUCUGCGUCAAGUGCUUCAGCAGCCUCUACGCUAAGAAAUGCUCCGGCUGCAACACUGCCAUCACAGGUUUUGGAGAUGGGAAGUACAUUUCCUUCGAGGAGCGUCAGUGGCACCAGCCCUGCUUCAAGUGUUCGCGCUGCUCUGUGUCGCUGGUCGGAUCCGGGUUCUUCCCCGACCGGGACCACAUUCUGUGCACAGACUGCAACAAUGACGACUGAGCGACCACGAGGUCCAGCAGCAGAAAGACUCCAAACCUCGGCUUUGCACACAAACACUGCAGCGCCACUGAUUCACUCACCGCGUAAAGCUGAUUCCAGGCUCAGUAUUUACAACUCGACGCGCUCCUCGGUCUCGAAACUCUGCAGAAACGUCUUUGUUUUUUAUGUUUUGCACAUUAAAGAAUGAAUAAGUAUGAUACAUGUAAACAUUUAAGUUAAACUGGUCUGUAAAAUGAGACAGAACACAAACCUGAAUGUUAGGACAACAUGAGUUUGAGGCUGUUUGGUCUGAACUUCUCUCACUAUUUACUGUAUGUUAGCAUCUUUGUUGAAAAUAAACUGUGGCUUCUUUUGUUUUCCUUUUAGCUUAGAUUCAUUUUUACUGCAAUAAAAUGUCAUUAAACAAA